AUGCCUGUAAAGUGUGGAUCACUAGAUAUUGCCAAGUACUUAGUUGAGCACGGUGCUAAUGUAAAUAGUAAUGGUCGGUUGUGCAUACUUCGCAGUGCAGUAGAAUGCGGAUCACUAGAUAUUGUGAAGUAUUUUGUCGAGCAUGGUACAGAAGUAAAUGGUAAAUAUUUGUGUGGCAAAACGACUAUUCGUGAAGCUGUAAAAUGUGGACACUGGAUAUUGUCAAGUAUUUAGUUGAACAUGGCGCGGAAGAGAAUGGUAAAAAUGAGUGGUUCACCACAGUUCUUCAGUGUGCAGUAAAGAGUGGAUCACAAGAGGUUGUCAAGUAUAUAGUUGAGCAUGGCGCACAAGUAAAUGUGGGAACCUUUUCGUCGCUGUGCUGCGGAAAGCGGAUUUCCGGAUAUUUUGAAACAUUUAAUUGCGCAUGGUGCUGAAUUACACAGUAAAAUUUUCUGCCCCUUAAUAGUGAAUAGCAAAGAUGAGUGGGGUAUACCAAUUUUUCACAAUGCUGUAGAGGGUGCAUCGCUGGAAAUUGUCAAGUAUUUAGUUGAACAUGGUGCUGAAGUAAAUGCCAAAUAUAUGUUGGGCGAAAUAGCUCUCUCCAAAGCUCUCAAAUUCAAAUCACUAGAGAUUUUUAAGUAUUUAGUUGAUCAUGGUGCUGAAGUAAGUAAUCAGGAUACGAAAGGGAAAACGGCUCUUCACAUUGCUGUCGAGUAUGGAUCACUACACAUUGUCAAGUGUCCAGUUGAGUGUGGCGCUGAGGUCAAUUGUCAAGACAUUCGCCGCGAAACAAUUCUUCACAGCGCUAUAAAGCAUAGAUAUUUUUGACAUUACGAAAUGUUUAGUUCAAACUGGUGCGGAUAUCAACUGUACAGAUCCUGCCGGCAGGACAGCUGUUGAACUCGCUGUGUGGUUAAACGAUAUAGAACGUGUACAAUAUUUAGUUGAACAUGGUGGUGAUGUGCAUUCUAAAAGUAUGCUCGGAAACGAAUCGGUUCAACCCUGUCCUGUAGAGCUUCAAUCAGGAGACAUGUUAAAAUAUGGUUUUCCAAAUACAUAUUUUGAGGAAUAUAAAGGGAAGUUUGAUCUUGGUAUCGACAUUCUAGAGAUGGCUGUAGUCCAUUAUUUGAUUGAUUUGGCACAGCUUCUGAUAGAAAAGUACAUUGAUGUGAGGCGAGUCGAAAAAAUUCUGAUUGAGAAAGCAAAAAAAGACUCUCGUUGA